AACAUCCAAGAUGGCUGCCACCGUGGAGUCCCUCGUUUCGUACGGGACCGAUUCAGAUUCAGAUAAUGAGACAAAAUCUAAUGCUAGUCCCGAAAAAGUUGACCCUGAUGCCCUAGCACACCUCCAACCGUUGAAAUCUGGGCAAACAAUGUCUUUAGCUCUCCUUAAUUCAGCUCCUGAGGUCGCCGUAAAGGAGGCUGUGGAGACUGGUGUGCAUCUGGACCCCUCUCUCAAAGAGGUCACCUACAACCCCACAUAUGAAACCCUGUUUGCACCAGAGUUUGGACCUGUCAACCCAUAUAGAAGUCAACAGAUGGCUGCUCCCAGGAAUAUGCUGUCUGGCUAUGCAGAGCCUGCUCACGUCAAUGACUUCAUGUUUGAACAGCAGAGGAGGACCUUCUCCACCUUUGGCUAUGCUCUGGAUCCAUCUGUGGACACAACAAGCCAGAAUUCCUCCAAUAGCUACAUUGGUGCGGUGGAUGAGGCAGAGAAAAAGAAAGGAUUGACUGUGUUUGAGGUUGGCCCAAAAAAACAUGACAAGAGGAAAAAGGUGCAAGGAGGUGAAUCGGAUGACAUUGACAAUUACCUUGGGCCCUGGGCGAAAUACGUGGACGAAAAGGACGGCGCCAAACCAUCAGAGGAGGAACAGAAGGAGCUGGAUGAGAUCACAGCCAAGAGACAGAAGAAGGGAAGGAAUGAGGAAGAGGCUCCGGCGGAGGAGAAGACCAUUCUCCAUGUUAAAGACGCGUAUGACUACCAAGGGAGGUCUUACCUCCACGUACCCCAAGACGUGGGUAUUAACCUGCGUACUGCAGACAUACCAGACAAGUGUUACCUGCCCAAGAAACAGAUCCACGUCUGGACUGGACACACCAAGGGGGUCAGUGCUAUCCGUCUGUUUCCUGUAUCAGGUCACCUGCUGCUCUCCUGCUCUAUGGACUGUAAGAUCAAGUUGUGGGAGGUGUAUAAUGAGAGGAGGUGCGUACGGACGUUUAUCGGCCACAGUAAAGCAGUGCGGGAUAUCUGCUUCAACAACACUGGGACUCAGUACAUGAGUGCAGCCUACGACCGCUACCUCAAACUUUGGGACACAGAGACAGUGGGACGCGAGGACAGGGGAGGUGGUUCAGGAGUAUGACCGGCACCUGGGCGCGGUCAACACCAUCACGUUCGUGGAUGAGAACCGCCGUUUCGUCAGCACGUCAGAUGACAAGUCCCUCCGCGUGUGGGAGUGGGACAUUCCCGUGGACUUCAAAUACAUCGCAGAGCCCAGUAUGCACUCUAUGCCUGCUGUAACGCUUUCACCCAAUGGUAAGUGGCUGGCCUGCCAGUCCAUGGACAAUCAGAUCCUGAUCUUUGGAGCCCAGAACCGUUUCCGUCUGAACAAGAAGAAGAUCUUCAAGGGCCACAUGGUGGCUGGCUACGCCUGCCAGGUGGACUUCUCCCCAGACAUGAGCUAUGUGGUGUCUGGCGAUGCGGAUGGGAAGCUGAAUAUCUGGGACUGGAAGACCACCAAGCUGUACCACCGGAUCAAGGCCCACGAUAAGGUGUGCAUCAGUGCCUUGUGGCACCCCCACGAGACCUCCAAGGUCAUCACCUGUGGCUGGGACGGACUGAUCAAACUCUGGGACUAGAGACAUGGGGGUGGGGGCUGCAAAGGGACUCCCUCUUUUUAGGGGGAGAGGUGGUCUUUCUGUCAUGUACUUUCCCUAAUUUAGUGGCAGGCUAAAAGCCAUUGGGCUGGUAUCUAGUCCUUUUGUAACCGUGUAUAUUUCUACCCCAUCUGAAGAGAGGACAGCGAUGUAUACAUAAAGAUAAAACAUUUCUCCAUUUGUUAGUUGUGUUUAGAGGGUUUCUCAGCCCUCACAUGCGCUCUCUUAAUUUCAUGUUUUCUGGUUUCUGUUUUAAUCAGUGAUGUUCGGAUCAUUCACACAAGAUUUUUUUAUCCUGGAAAAUAUUCUGUUUUCCAAUGUAUGUCCCUUUGUGAAAUUAAACAUUUUAUACAUUU